AUUGAGUAUAUGCAUAAGUGAUAUGGACGUAAAAGAAGCCUCUAAUAAAGACUGACUUUGCGGCUGUUAAUGUUGUUGCCGAUGGAAAAUCAUGUGACAGGCCCCUAAAACAAAAUUGAGGGUACACAUGUAUGAUAUCAUGAAGAAACUUGUUUGGUUUGUGAAUACUAUCUCACAAUCUUACAAAAUGGGAAAGAGGUAGUGUAGAUGAAUGAAUAGAGAGAGUGUGUGUGAGUGAGUGAGAGAGGAGGAACCUUAAGCCGAGGGCAGAGAUAUGGUAACCGAUGCAUCCGUAUGAGCUGGCACCAAUCACCUUGCGUCAAAGUGACGCACCUUGACAACUACCAACGACAGCGGAGUGUGUGGUGUCUAUAAUACAACUGUUCGAAAGAAAAAAAAAACAGUAUUUGCCCUUUGCACCCGAUCAAAUAUGUUGCGCACAGCAUUGUUGGGAGCUGCAAGACUUCCAACUACUACAACGGCCUGGCGCCUGUCUUCUCGCCGAUUCCUUUCGUCAGAACCAAGUUCGGCGACCUCAGCGUUAUCAUUCAAGAAACACUUACGCCAACGACGAUUCGGACCUGUUCCUGCUGUGCCGGGCCCUUCCGUCGAACAAGCCGUGUCGAAUAUUUUGUACAAUACGCCAGCCCCAAGCCGAGCACCUGAAACCCGCCAUAUUCUCAACUGCCUAGUCCAAAACGAACCUGGUGUAUUGAGCCGUGUCUCGGGUAUCUUGGCAGCCCGUGGCUUCAACAUUGAAUCGUUGGUCGUUGCCAAUACCGAGGUCCGUGACUUGUCGCGUAUGACCAUUGUCUUUAAUGGUCGCAACGUCCAGAUCGAACAGGCCAGACGUCAGCUGGAGGAUUUGGUGCCGGUCUGGGCUGUCUUGGAUUACACAAAGACCAAGUUGAUUGAGCGUGAAUUGCUGUUGAUCAAGGUGUCGAUCUUGGGGCCAGAGCAUUUGCACGAACAGUUACCCACUGCCAAGUUUGAUGAGGAGGCAGAGUUUGAGGAUGAGAAUUUGACUCGCUAUAGUGGGUCGCCCGAUGCAUCGCCCUCGGAAGCAUUGCGUGAGACGUUCUCCCAUUUGCGUGCAUUGACCGAGUUGACGCGCUUGUUUGAUGGCAAGGUUGUGGAUGUCUCGUCUGACUCUGUUGUGAUUGAAAUGUCGGCCAAGCCAAGCCGUGUCACAUCGUUCAUGAAGCUGUGCAAGCCAUUUGGCGUCUUGGAAGCCUCAAGAACCGGUGUGAUGGCAAUGCCACGAUCCCCUGUGCAUGACGUGUAUGAGGCACAGACAGAGCAUUCGUAUGAGGAGACGGAGGCCGUGGAUGCCACGAUGCUGCCCCCUGGAUAAAAAAAAAAGACCACGCUUCUAUACACAACACAUAUAUUUGCAUUCGAUCUUCGUAGUGUACCAUAAAAAAACCAUCUUGUCUAAUAUGCAUACUAUUGUUUCCUGUUCUGCUUUUCUACAAUACACACACACAAACACACACGUCAUUUAUGUUCAAAAAGAGGGAAAGAGCUGAUGGUUUCUUUUUACAUGUAGUUUAUUUCAAUGAAAGAA